CCUAUCGUGUGGGCCAUGUCUUCCUCUGAUGAAGAGACCCUCAGCGAGAGGUCGUGCCGGAGCGAGAGGUCGUGCCGAAGCGAGAGGUCCUACAGAAGCGAGAGGUCGGGAAGUCAGUCUCCUUGUCCCCCAGGCGACACCUUACCCUGGAAUUUACCCCUGCAUGAGCAGAAGAAGCGGAAGAGCCAGGAUUCAGUGCUGGAUCCAGCAGAGAGAGCCGUUGUCAGAGUAGCUGAUGAACGGGACCGAGUCCAGAAGAAAACUUUCACCAAGUGGGUCAAUAAGCACCUGAUGAAGGUGCGCAAGCAUAUCAAUGACCUGUAUGAAGACCUGCGAGAUGGGCAUAACCUGAUCUCUUUGCUGGAGGUUCUGUCAGGAGUGAAACUGCCACGUGAGAAGGGCAGGAUGCGUUUCCACAGGUUACAGAAUGUGCAGAUUGCUCUGGACUUCCUGAAGCAGCGACAGGUGAAGCUGGUGAACAUUCGCAAUGAUGACAUUACAGAUGGCAACCCGAAGCUGACCCUGGGCCUCAUAUGGACCAUUAUUCUCCACUUUCAGAUCUCUGAUAUCUACAUCAGUGGGGAGUCAGGGGACAUGUCUGCUAAGGAGAAACUGCUUCUGUGGACCCAGAAGGUGACUGCAGGUUACGUGGGAGUGAAGUGCACCAACUUCUCUUCGUGCUGGAGCGAUGGGAAGAUGUUCAAUGCACUCAUUCACAGAUACAGGCCGGAUAUGGUGGACAUGGAGCGGGUGCAGAUACAGAGUAACCGGGAGAAUCUGGAACAGGCCUUUGAGGUUGCAGAGAGGCUUGGAGUCACCCGGUUGCUGGAUGCCGAAGAUGUGGAUGUCCCAUCUCCAGAUGAGAAGUCUGUGAUAACGUAUGUGUCUUCAAUCUACGAUGCCUUUCCCAAGGUCCCCGAGGGAGGAGACGGGAUCAGUGCGAUAGAGGUGGAUUCAAGGUGGCUAGAGUACCAGAAUCGUGUGGACUCCCUCAUCCCUUGGAUCAAACAGCACACGAUACUGAUGUCAGAUACAUCAUUCCCCCAGAACCCUGUUGAGCUAAAGGCACUUUAUAAUCAGUACAUACACUUCAAAGAAACGGAAAUCCCAACAAAAGAACAAGAAAAAGGGAGGAUAGAGGAGUUGUAUAAACUACUAGAGGUAUGGAUUGAAUUCGGCCGCAUCAAGCUGCCCCAAGGUUACCACCCCAAUGACGUGGAGGAGGAAUGGGGCAAGCUGAUCAUAGAGAUGCUGGAGUGUGAGAAGUCAUUGCGGCCAGCAGUGGAGAGGCUGGAAUUGCUGCUACAAAUCGCUAACAAAAUUCAGAAUGGUGCUCUGAGCUGUGAAGAAAAACUCACUCUGGCAAGGAACACGCUGCAAGCCGAUGCUGCUCACCUGGAGUCUGGCCAGCCAGUGCAGUACGAAUCCGAUGUGGUCAUGUACCUGCAGGAAUGCGAGGGGCUCAUCCGGCAGCUGCAGGUGGAUGUGCAGGUCCUCCGAGAUGAGAAUUACUACCAGUUGGAGGAGCUGGUCUUCAGGAUCGUCCGGCUGCAAGAUGAGCUGGUCACGCUGAGGCUGGAAUGCACUAACUUGUACCGGAAGGGUCACUUCUCUACCUUGGAGCUGGUACAGCCAUCCACCCUGACCACUACACACUUGAAGGCAGAGCCCUUGACAAAGGGCACACACACUUCCUCUACCUCCUGGUUCCGGAAGCCCAUGACCAGGGCGGAGCUGGUGGCCAUCUCCUCUUCUGAAGAUGAAGGCAACCUCCGAUUUGUGUAUGAACUGCUGUCUUGGGUGGAAGAGAUGCAGAUGAAGCUGGAGCGGGCGGAUUGGGGCAGUGAUUUGCCGAGUGUGGAAUCUCAGCUGGAGACACAGCGGCACGUCCACUCCAGCGUGGAGGAUCUGGGCGCCAGUGUGAAGGAGGCCAGGAUGUACGAGGGUAAAAUGUCUCAGAAUUUCCGCACUAGCUACACAGAAACGCUCGGCAAGCUGGAGACACAGUACUGCAAGCUGAUGGAAACAUCGAGCUUCCGACUGCGGCAUCUCCAGAGCCUGUACGGGUUUGUGUCCCGAGCCACUGCCGAGUUAAUCUGGCUGAAUGAAAAGGAGGAAGAGGAGCUGGCGUAUGACUGGAGUGACAACAACCCCAAUAUUGCAGCCAAAAGGAAUUACUUCUCAGAGCUGACAAUGGAACUGGAAGAGAAACAGGAUGUGUUCCGGUCUCUACAAGAUACGGCGGAGCUGCUGUCAUUGGAAAAUCACCCGGCCAAACAGACUGUAGAGGCAUAUAGUGCAGCUGUCCAGUCCCAGUGGCAAUGGAUCAAACAGCUCUGCUUAUGUGUAGACCAGCAUGUGAAGGAGAAUGCUGCUUACUUCCAGUUCUUCAGCGACGCCCGAGAGUCAGAAACGUACCUGCGGAAUCUCCAGGACUCUAUCAAACGGAAGUAUUCUUGUGACCAGAACGCCAGCCUGACCCGCCUGGAAGAUCUGCUCCAGGAUUCCAUGGAUGAAAAGGAGCAGCUUAUUCAGUCGAAGAGCUCCGUCGCCAGCUUGGUUGGGCGGUCCAAAACCAUUGUUCAGCUAAAGCCAAGGAAUCCGGACCAUGUCCUGAAGAGCACCAUCUCGGUCAAGGCUGUUUGUGACUAUCGCCAGAUCGAGAUCACCAUCUGUAAAAAUGAUGAGUGUGUGCUGGAAGAUAAUUCCCAGAGGACCAAAUGGAAGGUGAUCAGCCCCACAGGCAAUGAGGCCAUGGUACCAUCUGUGUGCUUCCUGAUCCCCCCUCCUAACAAAGAGGCAAUUGACAUUGCUAACAGGGUCGAACAGCUGUACCAGAAGGUGAUGGCCCUCUGGCACCAGCUCCAUGUGAACACGAAGAGCCUGAUCUCCUGGAACUACCUGCGGAAGGACAUUGCCCUGGUGCAAGGCUGGAAUAUGGAGAAGCUAAGAUCUCUGGCCCAAGGAGAGUGCCAGCAAGCCAUGAAGAGCCUCCAGGCACACUAUGAGGACUUCUUGCAUGACAGCCAGGACUCAGAGCUCUUUUCCGGGGCUGAUCGGCUGCGCUUGGAGGAAGAAGUGAAGUUCUGCAAGGAGUACUUUCAACAGCUGCUGGAGUCCAUGGAGAACGAGGACAAAGAUGAGACCGUUGCCAGGGCAUAUCUCUCUGAGCUAAAGAACAUCCGUCUGCGCCUGGAGGAGUGUGAACAGAGACUAGUGAGGCGAAUCCAGGCCCCAAGCAGCACCAGAACAGACAGUGAUACUAUCCAGGAAAACACCUUCCACAUUGCAGAGCAGGAGCGUAUGCAGGAGGAUUUACGGCAGUUGAAGUCCAACUUGCAGCACGUUUCUGAGAAGUGUGACAGCUUCCUGCACAAGUCUCCAACUGGGUCCAGUGCCCCACACCUGCGUUCUGAGCUCAAUCUACUGGUAGAGAAGAUGGAUCACGUGUAUGGAUUUUCUUCCAUCUACCUGGAUAAGUUAAAGACGGUGGAUGUUAUUGUUCGUAGUACCCAAGGAGCAGAGUCCCUGGUCAAAGGAUAUGAAGUUAAACUGAGCCAAGAGGAGGCAGUCCCUGCUGAUAUAACAGCUAUUCAGUCUCACAGAGCUACGUUACAGCAAUGGCUCAGUGAUGUGAAGAACAAGAAUGCUGUGUUCUCUACGUUGGAAGAAGAUGUGGCAAAGGCUAAAAUCACGGGAGAGCAGCUGUAUCGUCUGAAGCAAGAGCGCAGCAUGGACCUAGAGCGGUACCAGGAGAAGGGAGCCCAGCUAUGGGAUCGCUGGCAGAGAGUUGGCUCUCAGAUUGAAACCCGCUGUUCAGAUCUGGAGAGUAUCCAGGAGGUGCUGGGGGAUUACCGGGAGUGUCACGGAGAGCUGAUCCAGUGGAUUGAGGAGACCACAGCCCAGCAGCAAUUGAUGAAACCUGGGCAAGCAGAGGACAGCAAGGUGCUCUCUGAGCAGCUGAGCCAGCAGACGGCUUUGGUUGUGGUAAUCGACAGAAAUCAAGCCAAGCUGGACCAGUGUCGGAAAUUCUCACAGCAAUACUCUGCUUCUGUCAAGGACUAUGAGCUGCAGCUCAUGACAUACAGGGCGUUUGUGGAAUCACAGCAGAAAUCUCCCAUGAAACGCAGACGCAUGCUUUCCUCCUCGGAUGCGAUCACCCAAGAGUUCAUGGAUUUACGGACUCGCUAUACAGCGUUGGUAACAUUAACCACGCAGCACGUGAAGUACAUCAGUGAUGCUCUCCGGCGGCUGGAAGAAGAGGAAAAAGCAGUAGAGGAAGAGAAGCAGGAACAUGUGGACAAGGUGAAAGAACUCCUGGGCUGGGUCUCUGGUUUGAAACAGAGCAUGCAAGUCAGGACUGGUCCACUCAAGAGCAAAGAGCUGGGAGACAUUGAGAAAUCCAUCUUGGAGCAGCAGGCUCUAAAUGAGGAGCUGGCUGCAAGGAAAGAGCAGGUCUCAGAGGCCAUCAAAACUGCACAGAUCUUCCUUGCAAAACAUAGCCACAAGCUUUCUGACCAGGAGAAGGAACAAAUUUCCACCCAACUCAGUGCCCUAAAGGACACUUACCAUCAGCUCUGCAGCGACUCUGCGGAACAGUUCCAACAGCUUCAGAGCCAUCUGGCCCAGGAGACGGAGCACAAGACUCUCCAGGGGCAGCAAGCCAUGCGCAGUCGGAAGCUGGAGGAGCUCCACGCCUGGCUGGGCCAGGCGGAGAACACACUGACAGGCCAGCAGAGAGCAGCCCAUGAAGGGGACCUACCUAUGCUGCAGCAAAUGCAAAGUGACGUUAAGGACCUGCAGAGGAACAUUCGGAGCCGGGCUGCCUCUUUCGUGGGUGUCUUGAAAGCAACCGAAGAGUUCUUAGAGGAGAACAGGGCCAAGAUGAACCCCGGGGAGUUGGCAGCCCUGCAAGAGAAACUCCGCUUCACCAAGGAGCAGUUCCAGUCUCUGCAGGAGAGGACUGAAGUGGCCCAGAAAGAACUGGAGCGCACAGUGACGGCUGCAAUGCAACAGGAGACAGAAAAGGUGAAAGCUGCCAAAGAAUUGGAGGAGAACAGGAGUAAGAUUGAGUCGCUUCUAAAUUGGGUGACGUCAUUAGAACAGAUCUGGGAGCUCUCUGAGCACAAACCUCGCCCAAUGGAACAAGCUUCAGGAGCACUCAAGGGGAAAAGCGCUCAGGACAUCCUUGACGGUCACUUAGUGGAAGUGGACCGAGUGGAAGAGAGCCUUGAUGGGCAGUAUGAGAGGCUGAAGGCACGCCAUCAGGAGCUGCUCUCCCACAGCAAGAUGUCAUACUAGCUACACAGACCGCACAGCCUUCUGGACAAACAGGGCCACAAGCUAGCACCGGAAGAGAGGCAGAGGCUUCAGGGGAGGCUGGCAGAGCUGAAGGAGCAAUACGCAGCCAACCUGUCGCAGUCCGAGAAGCAGCUGAAGCAAGUGCAGGUGCUGCGGGAUGAGCUGCAGAAAUUUAUGCGGGAUCACGGGGAGUUUGAGGCCUGGCUAGAGCAGGCGGAACAGGAGCUGGAGCGGAUGCACAAGGCGGACAGCGACCCUGAAUCGCUGAGACCAAUGCUUCUCCGGCAAGGAAGCUUCUCGGAAGAUGUGAUCUCCCACAAGGGGGAUUUGCGGUUUGUUACCAUGUCAGGACAGAAGGUGCUGGACCAGAGAGUGCAGCCAAGGAAGAGGGGCCGAGCCAUUAGCCACAGGAAACUUAGUCAAGAGCAACUGGAUGAUGCAACAAAAAGAUACACUGCUCUCCACUCAAAGUGUGCCAAGCUUGGUUCCCAUCUGAACACCUUGCUGGAUCGCUACCAGCAAUUCCAGGAAGUGGCAGAAACUCUCAGGAUGUGGCUGCAGGAGAGUGAAGCAUCUGUAGCAAAAGUCCUCUCUGAGACAGUUUCCUCACCCAGCAUUCUGCAGAAGCAGCUCACCAAUACCACGCAACUACAGGGAAAUCUUGCUGAGCAUCAGGUGCGUGAGAAGCUGCAGAAAGCAGCACGUUCCCUGCUGGAGAUAGAAGGAGAGCCAGCCCCUGAUCGCAGACGCAUUCAAGAAACCACAGAUUCCAUCGUGAGCCAUUUUCAGAGCCUUUCUGGUCAGAUGACAGAGCGCUCGGGAUCUGCUGCAGAAGUCCAUCGCCCAGUCCCAGAGCGUCAAGAAGGACUGGAGACUCUUCUGCAGUCGAUGGCUGAGAUUGAGAGCCUGGAAGGAGAGCAGCUGGCUUCUCUCUCAUCUCUCUCCUCCAGGAUCACUACCGCCACAAACGCUAAGUUGAAGCAGGACAUCGCCCGGCAGAAGAGCAGCCUAGAAGCCACCCGAGAAAUGGUGACUCGAUUCAUGGAAACGGCCAACAGCUCCACAGCCUCAGCCCUGCAGGGCAAGUUGGCCGAGGUGACGGAGCAUUUCAAUAAGCUGUGCCGGCAGCAGCAGGAGAAGGAGAACGUGCUGAAGGGCCUCCUCCCGAAGGUGGAGCAGUACGAGCACCUCUCCGAGAAGCUGCAGCAGUUCACGGAGAGCAGAGCUCGCAUGCUGGCUUCCGGAAACCAGCCGGAUCGUGACAUCGCUCACUUCUCCCAGCAGAUCCAGGUGAGAAGCGGAGCUGAAUUUAGAAUGAGGCCGCACCAAGAGGACCUGGAUACUUUAGAGGGUCUGAUCGCAGAGCUGAGCUCCUUUGGUUUCCCAGUGGUCUCCUCUCAGCACCAAGAGAAGGUGCACAGCCUAAAACAGGAUUUUGUGCGCUGCAGAAGGCAGCAAAGGAGAGAGAAAAGGAAUGCAUCAUCUUGCCAGGAACAAUUGGACGAGUUCCGAAAGUUGGUUGGAGCUAUAAAGAAGUGGCUGAAAGAAAGCGAAGGGAAUGUGCCAUCUGCAGAGACCUCCCUGGGCACCCAGGAACUGGAGAAGCGCAUGCAGCACAUCAAGGUCCUCCUGGAGGAAUGGACAGGAAAGGGGGACAAGGUGGAGGAAAUCAAUCACAAAGGGACUGCAUUAGAGAAUUUGAUUGUAGAAAUCACAGCCCCUGAUGCUCAGCCAAAGACAGGUUCUUUGCUGCCCGCUCUAGGAGUGUCAGUAGGCAGUGUAAAUGGAUACCACACCUGCAAAGAUUUGACUGAGAUCCAGUGUGACAUGUCUGAUGUGAACCGGCAGUACGAGGGACUUGGCAUGGCCUUGCGGGAACGCCAGGAGCAGCUGUCAGCCAUGCUGAAGAAGAUGCUAGAAGUCCAAGAGGAGGCAAGUUCAGUGUUGAAGUGGCUGGAGUCAAAGGAACGGACCUUGUCAGCACUUGAAACUUCUUCCUCGCACAAAACAGAGACCAUGAGAGCCCAGGCUGAGCAUAACAAGGCAUUCCUGGAUGAGUUGGAACGGAAUUCAGGAAAGAUCCAGAAAGUAAAGGAUGCACUUUCUGGCUUGCUGGAGAAGUGUCCUGACUCUCCAGCAGCAGCAAACUGGCAGAAGAUGCUGGAUAAUCUCGACUCCAGGUGGGCAAGAGCCAAUCAGAUGACAGCAGAGCGCCAGCAGAAGCUGGAGAAAUCAGCGAACCAACUGGCAAGCUUCCAGGCAGCUGAAACCCAGCUGCGCCCAUGGCUGAUGGAGAAGGAGCUAAUGAUGAGCGUGCUGGGACCCCUUUCCAUUGACCCUAACAUGCUGAAUGCGCAAAAGCAGCAGGUCCAGUUUAUGCUGAAAGAAUUUGAAGCUCGCAGACAGCAGCAUGAACAGCUGAACCAGGCAGCUCAGGGGAUACUAACCAGCCCUGGAGAUGAUUCUCCAUCAUCAAACCAGGUGCGGGAGGAGCUCCAAAGCGUGAAUCAGAAAUGGACCGAGUUAACUGAAAGACUCAACUCCCGUUCCAGCCAGAUUGACCAAGCCAUUGUCAAGAGUACCCAAUACCAAGAGCUGCUGCAGGGCUUGUCUGAGAAGGUAAAGGCAGUUGGGCAGCGACUCAGCAGCCAAUCUGCUGUCAGCACCCAGCCAGAUGCCGUGAAACAGCAACUGGAGGAAACGAGUGAGAUUCGGUCUGACCUGGGGCAGUUGGAAGAGGAGAUCAUGGAGGCUCAGACGCUCUGUGAUGAGCUGUCUGUUCUGAUUGGGGAGCAGUACCUCAAGGAUGAGCUGAGAAAGCGCCUGGAGACGGUGGCUCUCCCUCUCAAAGGCUUGGAAGACCUCGCAGCCGACCGGAUGAAUCGACUGCAGACUGUGCUCGCAAGCUCCCAGCAGUUCCAGCACAUGUUUGACGAGCUUAGGACCUGGCUGGAUGACAAACUGUGCCAGCAAGCCCAGAGCCGGCCUAUUUCUGCUAAACUGGAGAGGCUGCAGUGUCAAAUCCAGGAGCAAGAAGAGUUCCAGAAGAGCCUCAACCAGCAUAGUGGCUCCUAUGAGAUGAUUGUGGCUGAGGGAGAGUCUCUGCUUCUCGUUCAGCCUGGGGAGGAGAAGACUGCCCUGCAAAGCCAGCUGGUCAGCCUCAAAACACAUUGGGAUGAGCUCAGCAAGCAGGUCACAGAUAGAAACUCCAGACUCAAGGACUGUUUGCAGAAGGCCCAGAAAUACCAGCGGCACUUGGAAGACCUCCUUCCUUGGGUCGAGGAUUGCAGGGUGAAGAUGUCAGAGUUGGAAGUAACUCUGGACCCCGUGCAAUUGGAGGCAGGCCUUCUGAGGUCAAAAGCUAUGCUCAGUGAUGUGGAGAAGCGCCGCUCCCUUCUGGAGAUGCUGAACAGUGCUGCUGACAUCUUGAUAGAUGCUUGUCAGACUGAUGAGGAUGAGGUUCGGGAUGAGAAAGCUGGAAUCAAUCAGAAGAUGGAUGCCAUUACAGAAGAGCUGCAAGCCAAGACUGGGUCCGUUGAAGAAAUGUCGCAAAGGCUAAAGGAGUUCCAAGAAAACUUUAAGAACAUUGAGAAGAAGCUGGAAGGGGCAAAGCAUCAGCUAGAAAUCUAUGAUGCUCUAGGACCUCAAGCCUGCAGCAAUAAGAACUUGGAGAAGUUGAGGGCUCAGCAAGAAGUGCUCCAGGCCCUGGAGCCGCAGGUGGAUUAUCUGAAGAACUUCACACAAGGCCUGGUGGAAGAUGCACCAGAUGGCUCUGACUGCUCCCAGCUCUUACGGCAAGCCGAGGAUUCCCAGCAGGACUUUAAAACAGUGAAACAAAAAGUAAAUGAAUGCUGUUCGCUGAUGGAGACCAAGCUUGAAGGAAUCGGCCAGUUUAAUAACCAUGUCCGGGAGAUGUUCUCUCAACUGGCAGAUCUAGAUGAUGAACUUGAUAGCAUGGGUGCCAUCGGGAGAGACAUUGACAGCCUCCAGUCUCAAGCCGAGGAUGUUCGUACAUUCCUGGGCAGACUUCAGGGGCUGAAGUCAGACAUUGAAGCUUCUGAAGAGGAAUGCAGGCACAUGUUGGAAGAUGAAGGAAGCCCUGACUUGUUAGGGCUGAAACGUGAACUGGAGACUCUAAAUAAACAGUGCAGUAAGCUGACGGAAAGGGGCAAAAAUCGCCAAGAGCAAGUAGAAACGACACUCUCUCGAGUCGAGGACUUUUACAACAAACUGAAGGAGCUGAAUCACAUGGCCAGUGCAGCAGAGGAGAAUGACGCGCUGCAGUGGAUUGUAGGGACUGAGGUGGAAACCAUCAGUCAGCAGUUGGCAGAUUUCAAGAUGUUUCAGAAGGAGCAAGUGGAUCCCAUGCAGGUAAAACUGCAGCAAGUAAAUGGACUGGGUCAGGGACUCAUCCAGAGUGCAGGAAAAAAUUGCGAUGUACAAGGAUUGGAACAUGACAUGGAGGAGAUCAACGCCCGCUGGAACACUCUCAACAAAAAGGUGGCACAGAGAAUCGCACAGCUACAAGAGGCCCUGUUGCAUUGUGGGAAGUUUCAGGAUGCUUUGGAGCCAUUGCUGAGCUGGUUGGUAGACACAGAGGAGCUCAUCUCCAAUCAGAAACCUCCUUCUGCUGAAUACAAAGUGGUGAAAGCUCAGAUCCAAGAGCAGAAGCUGCUCCAGCGUCUCUUGGAUGAUCGCAAGGCCACUGUUGAGAUGAUUCAGGCAGAGGGCGGAAGGAUAGCGCAGUCAGCUGAGCCAAUGGACCGAGAGAAGAUUGUUUGCCAGCUGGAGAGUCUUGAAAAUAGAUGGGCAGGACUGCUUGGCAAGGCAGCAGCCAGGCAAAAACAACUGGAAGAUAUCCUGGUUCUGGCUAAACAAUUCCAUGAGACCACUGAGCCUAUUUCAGACUGGCUAUCUUUGACGGAGAAGAAACUGUCAAAUUCUGAGCCCAUUGGUACUCAGACAGCUAAAAUCCAGCAGCAGAUCACCCGUCACAAGGCACUAGAGGAAGACAUAGAGAGUCGCGCGGCUGACGUGAAUCAGGCAAUCAGUCUUGGGCAGUCUCUCACCUCCCUGAGUUGCAUAGCUGAACAGGGCUUGCUGGCAGAGAAGCUAGACUCGCUGCAGGCCCGGUACAGCGAGAUUCAAGAUCGGUGCUGCCGGAAGGCAGCCCUGCUUGAUCAGGCAUUGUCCAACGCUAGGCUCUUUGGGGAGGAUGAGGUGGAAGUGCUCAACUGGCUGGCCGAGGUUGAGGACAAGCUCAGCUUGGUAUUCGUAAAGGAUUAUAAACGGACGUCCUGAAAGCAGCAUGCUGACCAGCUGGCCCUGAAUGAGGAGAUCGUGAACAGAAAGAAGAAUGUGGACCAAGCCAUUAAAAACGGGCAAGCGCUUCUGAAACAAACCACAGGGGAAGAGGUGUUGCUAAUCCAGGAGAAGCUGGAUGGCAUCAAGACUCGUUACUCGGACAUCACAGCCACUAGCUCUAAGGCUCUCAGGACAUUAGAGCAAGCUCGGCAGUUGGCCACCAAGUUCCAGUCUACACAUGAGGAACUGACCAGUGAUGAUGAGGUGGAGGAGGAGCUGAUGUCCAGUGGGGGGCAGUCACCUGUUGGAGAGCAGAUACCCCAAUUCCAGCAGAGGCAAAAGGAGCUUAAGAAGGAGGUUAUGGAGCACAGGCUUGUUCUGGAUACUGUGAAUGAGGUGAGCCGCGCCCUCUUGGGUCUGGUGCCUUGGCGAGCCCGUGAAGGGCUGGACAAACUCGUGUCAGAUACCAACGAGCAGUACAAGAUGGUCAGUGACACUAUCAGGCAGAGAGUGGAAGAAAUAGAUGCUGCUAUACAAAGGUCACAACAGUAUGAGCAAGCUGCUGAUGCAGAAUUAGCCUGGGUUGCUGAAACCAAACGGAAAUUGAUGGCACUUGGUCCAAUUCGUCUGGAGCAAGACCAGACAACAGCCCAGCUGCAGGUCCAAAAGGCUUUCUCCAUAGACAUCAUUCGACACAAAGAUUCUAUGGAUGAGCUGUUCAGCCAGCGUAAUGAGAUAUUUGGAACAUGUGGAGAAGAACAGAAAGCUAUGCUACAGGAGAAAACAGAGUCUCUUGUGGAGCAGUACGAUGCUGUUAGCCAACUCAAUUCUGAGCGCUACGCGUGCUUAGAGCGUGCGCAGGCCUUGGUGAGCCAGUUCUGGGAGACAUAUGAAGAGCUCAACCCGUGGACAGAAGAAACACAGGCGCUUCUAGCACAGUUACCCCCUCCAGCUAUUGAUCAUGAGCAGCUCAAACAGCAGCAAGAGGAUAUGAGGCAACUAAGAGAGUCUAUAGCUGAACAUAAGCCUCAUAUUGACAAGCUGCUGAAAAUUGGACCGCAGCUGAAGGAGCUCAACCCUGAGGAAGGGGCGAUGGUACAGGAGAAAUAUUUGACCGCAGAGGCCAUGUAUGCCAGAAUCAAAGAGGAGGUGCGCCAGCGAGCUCUGGCACUAGAUGAGGCUGUUUCACAAUCCACUCAGAUCUCAGAGUUCCACGAUAAGAUCGAGCCUAUGCUGGAGACGCUGGAGAACCUUUCCUCCCGCCUGCGCAUGCCGCCCGUGAUCCCAGCCGAAGUCGAUAAAAUCAGGGAGUGCAUCAGUGAAAACAAAAAUUCCACCAUGGAGCUGGAAAAACUGCAGCCAACCUUCGAGGCGCUGAAACGCCGUGGGGAAGAGCUGAUCGGGCGAUCUCAGGGAGCAGACAAGGACCUGGCAGCCAAAGAAAUCCAGGAUAAGCUGAAUCAGAUGGUGUUUUUCUGGGAAGACAUCAAGGCUCAGGCAGAGGGACGUGAAAGUAAGUUUCUUGAUGUCCUGGAGCUGGCAGAGAAAUUCUGGUACGAAAUGGCAACCCUCCUGACUACUGUCAAAGAGACGCAGGAUAUUGUUCACGACUUGGAGAGCCCAGGCAUUGACCCAUCAAUCAUCAAGCAGCAGGUGGAGGCAGCAGAGACUAUCAAAGAGGAAACUGAUGGUGUGCAUGAAGAACUGGAGUUUAUUCGUGUGCUUGGAGCUGAAUUAAUUAUGGCCUGUGGUGAGACUGAGAAACCAGAAGUGAAGAAAAGCAUUGACGAGAUGAACAAUGCAUGGGAAAACCUAAGCAAAACCUGGAAGGAGAGGCUAGAGAAACUCGAGGAGGCUAUGCAGUCUGCUGUGCAGUAUCAGGAUACGCUACAGGCAAUGUUUGAUUGGCUGGAUAACACCGUGAUUAAGCUGUGCAGCAUGCCACCGGUCGGCACUGACCUCAACACUGUUAAGGAGCAGCUGAACGAGAUGAAGGAGUUUAAAAUGGAGGUUUACCAGCAGCAGAUUGAAAUGGAGAAGCUUAAUCACCAAGGCGAACUGAUGCUAAAAAAAGCGAUGGAUGAGACAGACAGAGACAUCAUCAGGGAACCGCUGACAGAGCUGAAACAUCUCUGGGAGAACUUGGGCGAGAAGAUUGCUCACAGACAGCACAAGUUAGAAACUGCUCUGCUGGCACUUGGUCAGUUCCAGCAUGCGCUAGCAGAACUGAUGGCCUGGCUGACCCAUACGGAAGAGUUGUUAGAUGCACAAAGACCAAUCAAUGGCGACCCAAGGGUCAUUGAAGUAGAACUUGCCAAACACCAUGUACGUGCUGAAGAUGUGUUGGCUCACCAAGCAACUGUGGAGACGGUAAAUAAAGCCGGCAAUGAGCUCCUGGAAUCCAGUGCGGGAGACGAUGCAAGCAGCCUGUGGAACCGCUUGGAGAAAUUGAAUUCGUGCUGGGAGUCUGUCCUGCAGAAAACGGAGGAGAGGGAGCAGCAGCUGCAGUCAACGCUUCAGCAGGCCCAGGGUUUCCAUGGGGAGAUUGAAGACUUCCUCCUCUGGCUAGCAAGAAUGGAGAGCCAACUGUCUGCAUCAAAACCCACAGGAGGUUUGCCAGAAACUGCCCGUGAACAACUCAAUGCCCAUAUGGAGCUGUAUGCCCAAUUCAAAGCCAAUGAAGAGGUCUACAGUCAGCUGUUGGCCAAGGGGCGAUUGAUCCUGCUAAGCCGCGAUGACUCUGGCUCUGGCUCAAAGACGGAGCAGAGUGUCAUGCUGUUGGAACAGAAAUGGAACCUGGUCAGCAACAAAAUGGAGGAGAGGAAGUCAAAGCUGGAAGACGCUCUCAACCAGGCAACAGAGUUCCAGAAUUCUCUACAGGACUUCAUUAACUGGCUGACCCUCGCAGAGCAGAGUUUAAACAUUGCACCUCCACCCAGCCUUAUCCUAAAUACCGUGCUGUCUCAGAUAGAUGAACACAAGGUUUUUGCCAAUGAAGUCAAUGCUCACCGGGACCAGAUCAUUGAGCUGGAUCAAACAGGGAACAAGCUGAAGUUCCUCAGUCAAAAGCAAGAUGUGGUUUUGAUAAAGAACCUUCUGGUCAGUGUCCAGUCCCGCUGGGAGAAAGUAGUCCAGCGUUCCGUGGAUAGAGGCCGAGCUCUUGAUGAUGCAAGGAAACGGGCUAAACAGUUCCACGAAGCUUGGAAAAAGCUGGUUGAUUGGCUGGAAGAUGCAGAGAAUCACCUGGACUCUGAGCUGGAGAUUUCCAACGAUCCAGACAAAAUCAAAUUGCAGCUCUCCAAGCACAAGGAGUUCCAAAAGACCCUCGGUGGAAAACAGCCUGUUUACGACACCACGAUCCGGACAGGCAGAGCCCUCAAAGAAAAAGCCGUGUUGCCAGAUGACACUCAGACACUGGACAACCUCCUUGGAGAAGUCCGGGACAAGUGGGACACAGUCUGCGGCAAAUCUGUGGAAAGGCAGCACAAGCUGGAAGAAGCCCUGCUGUUCUCUGGUCAAUUCAUGGAUGCGCUUCAGGCCUUGGUGGACUGGCUGUACAAGGUGGAGCCCCAGUUGGCUGAAGACCAACCAGUCCAUGGUGAUCUCGAUCUGGUCAUGAACUUGAUGGAUGCUCAUAAGGUUUUCCAGAAGGAACUGGGGAAGCGCACGGGCACCGUGCAGGUGCUCAAACGCUCGGGCCGAGAGCUCAUCGAGAGCAGCCGGGAUGACACUACCUGGGUUAAAGGGCAGCUUCAAGAGUUGAGCAAUCGUUGGGACACGGUGUGCAAGCUGUCCGUGUCCAAACAAACCCGGCUGGAGAAGGCGUUGAAGCAGGCAGAGGAAUUCCGGACUGCAGUCCAUAUGCUGUUGGAGUGGCUCUCCGAGGCAGAACAGACCCUGCGCUUUAGGGGAGCUCUGCCUGAUGAUGCUGAUGCGCUGCAGUCACUCAUUGACAUACACAAGGAGUUCAUGAAGAAAGUGGAGGAAAAGAGAGUGGAUGUGAACGCGGCGGUGGGGAUGGGAGAAGUUAUCCUGGCUGCAUGCCACCCAGACUGCAUCACCACAAUUAAACACUGGAUCACCAUCAUCCGAGCCAGGUUUGAGGAGGUUCUGACCUGGGCAAAGCAGCACCAGCAGAGGCUUGAGACUGCACUUUCAGAAUUGGUGGUUAAUGCAGAGCUCUUGGAGAAACUCUUAUCGUGGAUUCAGUGGGCCGAGACCACACUUAUCCAGCGGGAUCAAGAACCAAUGCCACAAAAUAUCGAUCAGGUCAAAGCCCUCAUCUUUGAACACCAGUCCUUUAUGGAGGAGAUGACACAAAAACAGCCGGACGUGGACCGGGUCACUAAGACGUACAAGAGGAAAGCCACAGAACCAGCUCACGGACCUUUCAUUGAGAAAUCCCGCAGCAACAGGAAAUCCUUGAGUCACCCUGCCCCUCCUCCCAUGCCAGUUCUCUCCCAGUCAGAAACGAAGAACCCCCGGAUUAACCAGCUCUCCGCACGCUGGCAGCAGGUGUGGCUGCUGGCACUGGAACGCCAGCGGAAGCUCAAUGACACUCUUGAUAGGCUGGAGGAGUUGAAGGAGUUUGCGAACUUUGACUUUGACAUCUGGAGAAAGAAAUACAUGCGCUGGAUGAAUCACAAGAAAUCACGGGUGAUGGACUUCUUCCGGCGUAUCGACAAAGAUCAGGAUGGAAAAAUCACCCGGCAGGAGUUUAUUGAUGGAAUCUUAGCAUCUAAAUUCCCCACCACUAAGUUAGAGAUGACUGCUGUGGCUGACAUCUUUGACCGGGACGGGGAUGGCUAUAUUGAUUACUAUGAGUUUGUGGCUGCUCUCCAUCCUAACAAAGAUGCUUACCGGCCAACCACAGAUGCCGACAAAAUUGAGGAUGAGGUCACAAGGCAGGUGGCACAGUGUAAAUGUGCAAAGAGGUUUCAAGUGGAGCAGAUUGGAGAGAAUAAGUAUCGGUUUGGUGAUUCCCAGCAAUUGCGACUGGUCCGUAUUUUGCGCAGCACUGUCAUGGUUCGAGUUGGAGGAGGAUGGAUGGCCCUGGAUGAAUUUUUAGUGAAAAAUGACCCUUGCAGAGCACGAGGAAGGACCAACCUGGAACUUAGAGAGAAGUUUAUUUUACCAGAGGGAGCCUCGCAGGGAAUGACGCCUUUCAGGUCACGGGGUCGAAGGUCGAAACCCUCCUCCCGGGCUGCCUCCCCAACACGCUCCAGCUCUAGUGCAAGCCAGAGUAAUCACAGCUGCGCGUCCGUGCCGUCCUCUCCUGCAACGCCUGCGAGUGGAGCCAAGGUGACUCCGUCUGCAGGCAGCAAGCUGAAGCGACCGACUUUUCACUCUAGUCGAACUUCUCUUGCGGGCGAUACCAGUAAUAGUUCCUCUCCAGUCUCUACAGGUGCCAGAACCAAUCGGGCUGAUCCUAAAAAAACAGCCAGUCGUCCCACAAGUCGCGCUGGAAGUCGGGCAGGGAGUCGGGCCAGCAGUCGGCGGGGAAGUGAUGCCUCCGAUUUUGACCUUUUGGAAACUCAGUCAGCCUGUUCGGACACUUCAGAAAGCAGCGCGGCAGGGGUUCAAGGCAGUUCGCGACGGGGGUUGGCAAAACCUUCCAAAAUCCCAACCAUGUCCAAGAAAACUACCACUCCCACCCCCAAAACUCCAGGCCCCAAGAGAUAAUACUGUACCACCACCCCCUAAAACAAAACAAACCUGUGUCCAGUUUUUAACCCUGCUACGUACAUUGGAUGUAUAUUUAUUCUAAACAGGAAAAAUUAUAUUGUUAAAAGUGUAAAAGAAUAAUUGUGUUAUGAAGCUGCCUUAUUUGUUUUUUUUUUUCUUUUUUGUAAGUUACUAUUUUCAUGUGAAUAUUUAUGUAGAUAAAAUUUGCCUCCUGGUCACCCCUAUUCACAGUGGGGCCCAGAAAACUGAAAUGUGGGAGAGGGAAAGCAAGCAAAAAAAGUCAAGAUGUGAAAGUGUAAAAAAAAAAAAAAAAAAAUUAAGAAAAAAAUUAUAAAUAGGAUUUCUGCGCGGUGCAGGGUGUGAACCUGCUUUAUCUUUUAGGAUUGUUCCUAAAUGCCUCUUUAUAAACUUGACUUGCUGUCUCAGCGAGAUAAAUUAUAUUUAAAAAACAAAAAAACAGAAUCCUACAGUGUUCAAAGAACUCUUUUUUUGUGAAUCAUGGAUACCUCAAACAGAGACACAUGAGGUGAGGGGAUUUGGGGCAUCUGCUUCCAUUUUUUUAAAGGUUAUGUGAUUUUACCUGAAGAAAUCGGAGUUUGUUUGAAUUAAUAACAUUUGCACAUGCUACAGUAAAGAGGUUCAUUACAAAUGCUGUCUUUAAAAUACUGUCCCAGCACUUAUGCUUUUAAAGAGCAAAUAAUAGUGAUGGGUUUUGGGGGUAGAACUUUAAAGCUAUCCAGAAGAGAGUGCUGGGUUGGCAACCCUACAGAUAUGUCCUUUAGAGGAUGGGACCAAAAGGUGCUUCUGUCACUUCCUGUCCUACCCGUUAGAAGACUCUUCUGGAUGGCCACCCAGUCAGUUCGCAUAAGAGACUGACUCACGUUGUUUGUUACAGAAUUGCUAUUUAUCUGCACCUCUUUUCCUAUUUAUUAUUUGAAUGGUCAUUCUACUUCAAACCAGACUGAGAUUUACGUCACCCCUGCUCCUAGAAGAAACCCAGGAUUUACAUGCACAGUUGCUUGUCCUUUCAAUGAGUCUCACCAGCGCACUUGCUAGCAAGUCCUAUCUCGCUUUUGUAUGCGACUUCUCUUUGUGAUAAAAUCAACUGACCAAGUGACCACGCGGGUGGGUCUGGGGAGGGGCUAUCUGGACUUCCUGUAUUUAUUAUUGUUCCUCUUCAGCUCUGACCAUAUUGCUGUGUGAUUCUCUCAAUUGGUUUAAUUGAGGCAGAAACUGAAGCUCAACCAAUGAACUGUUUAAAACAGUUUUUUUGUAUUAAAAUUGCUUGCAGUAAUAACAA